UGACUAAUCGGCGGGCGGCGGGGGAGGGGGUGGCGCGCUGGCUCGGCCGGGGUCACGCGCUCGAGUUCAGGCAGAAUGGGCUCGGGGCUCUCUGGCCUCGCCGGGAAGCUGGAGUCCCGACUCCCAGCCAGGGGCCCCGCCCGGCCUUCCGGGGGCCGGGGGCGCGCUCUGCAAUGAGGAAGGAGAGGCUCAGAGGAAGGAAAACUUGUCCAAGGAUGCACAGCAGGAAGAAGUGGAGGGGAUGCUGGAACCUUCUUGUGAAAAGGGGGGUUUAGGGCCAGAGGAGCUGUGCUCAAAGCUGGAAGAAGGGGAUGACUCCCUCCAGUGUCACUUUGUAUGCACUCAGAGUGUGGAAUUCCUGCCUCUUCUCCAGCCCUUCUGCCUCACCCCCUUCCUAAUCUGCCUGCCCAUUGGCUGGCCUCACCCCUCCAGCAAGGGAAACUUAGAGCUCUAGGCAGGGCACAGUGGAGGGGAGGAAACACAAAGGUGGCUGGUCUGCAGCCCAAGGAAAAAGGGAGGCAGAGGAAAGCCGGAGAUGGCCCUGAGUUUGCCCUGGGGGGCUGUACCCUUUUUUAGGAAAUCCAGAACCCCAGUUCAACUUCUCUGGCCUUGUGCCUCCCACUCUAGGCUCUUCUUCAGAGCCCUUUUGGCUCAGCCCCUCCCCAUCUUCACACACAGGCAGAGGGGAGGGCAAGAUCGUUAAAUGCGUGGUUAGGAUCUGAGCUCCUCUGUGGUCAAGUUGCUGGGCCUGCCUUUCCAGCUUCAGUCUCUACUUCUGUAAAAUGGGGCCAUCGGGAGGGUAGUUGAAAGGAAGUUGGAUAAAAAUUGCAGUCAUAACCGUUGUUAUUGUUUUCUUUCACCCCUAGCACACAGCCUCAAGACCACUUUUGACACCUUCAGCCUCACUAUGCGUGCCCGAGGCCCCCCUGGCUUACCAUCCCCAGUGCUACCCCUUGCCUCCUCUGUCCUGAUGCUGCUGCUGAGCAGCCUAUGGCUGGUGGGAGCUGGCCCCAGCCUUGCCCUGGCCCCGGAGCUGCUGCUGGACCCUUGGCAGGCACACCGGCUGCUGACCCAUGCCCUGGGCCACACAGCCCUACCUGGCCUGCUCCUGAGUCUGCUGCUUCUGCCCACAUUGGGCUGGUGGCAGGAGUGCCACCUGGGCACGCUGCGGUUCCUGCAUGCCUCUGCCCUGCUCGCCCUGGCUGCUGGGCUCAUGGGUGUGCUGCUGGCAGGCCUUGGGGUGUCCAGCGCAGCUGGUGGCUGCGGCUACAUGCCUGUCCACCUGGCCAUGCUGGCAGGGCAGGGUUACCACCCUAGACAGCCCCUGGGGAUAUUGCCACCGUGGCUGCUGCCAUGGCUGCUGCUUGCCUUGACACCACUGCUCAGCUCUGAGCCACCCUUCCUGCAGCUAUUCUGUGGCCUUCUUGCUGGCCUGGCCUAUGCAGCCGGGGCGUUCCAGUGGCUGGAGCUCUCUGAGAGGCGGCUGCAAGCGCUGCAGGAGGGUGCCUUGUGCAGAGCCCUGGCAGGGUGCUGGCCAUUCAGACUCCUUCCUACCCCAGGCAGCCUGGCCGAGCUGCCGGUCAUCCAUCCUGCUGCAGCGAGGCCUCCCACCCCUGGACCUCCUUACAUGGCCUCCCCUAGCCUCUGGUCCCGCAGUGAAGUCUCGGCCCAGCUCCCACCAGGCCUGGGGUCUGUGCAGCAGACCUGGGAGGGCUCCUCAGAGGUGGGCAUAGCCUGGGCCAGGCCCAGCUCCCCCGGAACCCCGCUGUGGGCAGCCCUGGAUGAGCAAAUGCUGCAGGAGGGGAUCCAGGCCUCACUCCUUGAGGGGCCAGCCCAGUGUCCUGAGAGCCCACUAUGGCUGCCUAAGUCCUCCGUCUCCUCUCUGCGGCUGCAGCAGCUGGAGCGCAUGGGCUUCCCGACAGAGCAGGCAGUGGUGGCACUGGCUGCCACAGGCCGAGUGGAGGGUGCUGUGUCACUGCUGGUUGGCGGGGAGGUAGGCCCUGAGGCCCUGGUGACUCAGGGGAGGGGCGGGCCUGCUCACCCUGAGGGUCCUGGUCCCCCCUAGCACAUGCAGGCCCUCAAGUGACCAGAGCCCUGGCCUGUCUGCUUAGAAUCAUAGUGGGGUACAGGAGAUGCCCCUCCAGCACCACACCCUGGUACUGCUUAGAAUAAAAACCAGUUCAUUUUUCAACCUGGA